UUUUUGACCUCCAGAUUACAUUGCAUAUCACACCCCCCCUCUCACCAUGACGAACAUUCGCCAAGCUAAGAAGCUUCGAUCCGGGCUCUCGAAAAACAGGCCUAAGAAGAACGGUGUCCUCAAGAGUGGCAAGAAGAAGAUCAACGUCUUGGGAAAUGCUAUCAUCGCCGAAAACUGGGAUCGCAAACUGACUCUCACGCAAAACUACCGUCGUCUCGGUCUUGCUCACCGUCUAAACGCCCCCGCCGGUGGUGGUGAGAAGCGCCCCAACAAGGAGGGCGGUAUCGAUGUCGCCCCCGAGGAUUCCCUGCACAUCAAGGGCAGCGCGCAAGCGUCAUCGAAGCAGCUGGGUCUGGGAGAAGUCAAGGUGGAGCGCGACCCGGAAACCGGCAACAUUAUUCGAGUGAUCAGCAAGAAACGCGACAACCCGCUCAACGACCCCUUGAACGACCUAUCCGACAACGAGCAGGAAGCCUACGGCUCCAAGACCGACAUUGUCAGGCAACUUGAGCGACAAGCGGCGCAGGAAGGACAGGACGUGAAGACCAAGAAGCCGCGCCACCAGAGCUCGCGCGAAUCGGAAUGGAUCCAACGGCUCGUGGAUCGACACGGCGACGACGUUACUGCGAUGUUCCGCGACAGGAAGCUGAACCCCAUGCAACAGAGCGAGGGUGAUAUUAGGCGACGGAUUCGCAAGUGGAAGAAGAGCCAGGAGUAAUGGGUGAUACCGACAUGCAUUGUGCAAGGGCGAAUUGGCGUUAUAUAUGGUUCAUUUUGUUGCUAAAAGUCUUGUAUCUAUUCCCUUCCACUGACUGUCUGGGCCUUUUGGCUGGAUGGAUUAGAGAUUUAUAUCUGACGCGCAAUCCAAUGGUAAUGUGCACAUAACUGUGAAUGCUAGCGGGAGUUUCGACCAAUUCAUCUUACC